AUGUCGUGCACUCGUGCAGAGUCGCAGUUGUUAUGCUCUGACAAUUGACAAACAUCAGCGUUUGCCUGAAACUCCUCACCGCAGCAAUGACGAUUAGGGUUUUCUUCAUUCUCGCCGUCGUUCUCUCCUCCGCCCCGUUUCUACGAGUUGUUAGAUGUGACUCAGAAACUGUAGUAGUUGAAGGUAUUGAGGAAGGAAGAGAUAUUGGAAUAGGUGGUGAAGAUGUGCAAGAUUUUGGUGAGGGAAGUUUUGGUCCGGCUCCUGGAGUAGAGACAAUUUUGUAUUUUCCCCAGAAACCCUUCAAAGCUUGUUCCCGCUGGCGAGCAGAAGGAACUUUUAGUUGGGAUGAAAAAUGACGGGGUUCAACAAUGCAACCGUUCGUCCUUUUGCCCGAGCAGCAUUUCCAUAUCUAUUUGGUGUUAGCAAUUUUUUACAGCCUGGAACAUUUGAUCUUGUGGGCAGCAUUGUAUAUGAAGUGGACCAGCUCACAUACCAAAGCACAUUCUACAAUGGCACUAUUGAAGUCACUGAGCCUAGUGGCCUUCUCAGUGUUGAGUCUGUUUUCUUGUUUUCUCUAGGAGUUGCCAUUGUUGGCCUCCUCGGGUUCUGGAUUCGUGAUCGCUUUCAAAAUUUGUCAAAGAAAAGCAAGAGGCCUCUAAAGGCAAAGGUGGAAGUUGGAACCGGGACAACAGAUGCCGCAAUGGAUGAAUGGCUGGAGGGAACUGCAUAUUCCCAGUCUCACUCCAAAUCAAAGAAGAAACAGAGUCUUAAGACCGACCCAUUAUAUAUUUCUGAGGUGGUCGUAGCAUCACGGCAUGCAGCAACAAUGAAGUCCCUUAUUACUAGUCUUCUGGGACUCCUCCUCCUCCUUCAUGGUUUAUCCUAUGCUGCUGCUGAUGUCAUUGAUACCUCCUCAGCUGUCCAGGUUGUUGGAUUCGGAGAAUGUGCCGACUGCAAAGACCAUAACAUAGACCCUAGUCACGCCUUUUCUGAGCUUCGUGUAAGAAUUGACUGCAAGCUCCAGAACGGGGAGAUGAAGACGAGAUCAUCAGAAGCAGGAGCAGCUCUGGAUGGAGAUGGCAAGUUCAGAGUGUGGUUGCCCAAGGAGAUGGUUGUUGUGAGUGGGGAAGGAGGAGGGAGGACAAAGGAGGAGUGCUAUGCCCAGCUGCACCACGCCGCUUCGGCUUCACCAUGCCCGGCCCACCAGGGAAUCGAAGCCUCCAAGAUUGUGGUCAGGACAAAACCAGACGGGCAACGUGUGCUCGAACCAGCUGCCGGGAAAGUGAAAUUCUCAGCUGCCAUAUGCACCUCUGCUUUCUUGAAGAUUUACAAAAAGCCCUUCUUCAAGAAACCCCUCCCCCAUCUUCCUUCAGUCCCCAUUUACAAGCCAAAACCAAAACCACCCAUUUACAUUCCUCAUGUGCCCAUUUACAAGCCAAAACCAAAGGUACUUUUUUCAUCGCCGCCUCCGCCGUAUUACGAGCCAAAGCAGAAGUCGCCGGUUUAUGUCCCUCACACCAAAGAGCCAUGAAGUCUUAAUAAAUAGGCUGGCUAUGCCCUUUACGUACAAUAUGUUAAGUUUAAUUUCUUCAUGCAGUGAUUAUAUUCCAUCGGUCAGCUAAAGAAAAAUUAUAAUGUGGGGUUGUGUAAUUUACAUAUACUAGCUAAUAGCUAUAUAUUCGGAUAUAUACUGUACUGUAUGUAAUAAAAGGGAAUGGAGAAGAUUAUUGUGUUUAUUUGAUGGAAUCUAUAAGCAAGAUUUGGUGGAUUUUCGAUCAUACUUAGCUUGUUUGAAUG